AUGAGUUCGGAACCUCAAUUUGCCGAGGGAUUUGACCCAGAGCAGCUGCGUCCGCAGCUGAAUGGAUUGCAGGAUCAAGGGUGGAGGUUAGAUGAGGACAAGAUUGGCAUCAAGAAAACUUUUUAUUUUCGAUCUUAUUUCAAAGCCGUCAGUUUUUUGAAUGUGAUUGCAUCGCAAAGCGCUACAAAGAAGCACCAUGCAACAAUGACGGUCAGAAUCGGGUCCGUGGACGUCCACUGGACCACUCAUCAUCCUCGCGGUCUCACCGAUAAGGAUAUCUCAAUGGCACAGUUCUGCGAGCAGGCGGCAGAGUUGAUGGGCGCGGUGCAGGAAGGCCAAGGCCAGAAGUGUGGACCGGCGACGUAG